GGGGUAGUGCAAAAAAACCAAAAAAGCCCGCUCUCCCUAAACCACCCAUGUGGACCAAGCAGCUUUUGCCACUCGGACUCUUCCUUCAUUCCGUCCUCGUCAUCCCUUUGACAGAAAGCAAAGGGAAAAGAAAUGUCCUUCAUGACUACAGAAAAACAGCUGAUACCUCAUUAAUGAGAAUAGACAAGACACUGAAAGUGAAAACUAAGCUCCUAAUCACCACAGAACAGUGUGCCAAGAGAUGCAACAGAAAUAAAGGACUUUCAUUCUCAUGCAAGGCUUUUGCAUUUGAUAAAUCUACGAAACGCUGUCAUUGGUUAUCCUUUACUAGCCUAGAAAAUGGAGUGCGGAGCAAGCAAGACAACACAUUUGAUCUCUAUGAAAAGAAAGACUAUGUUAGAAAUUGUAUUGUUGGUAAAGGAGCAAGUUAUAAAGGAACCAUAUCAGUCACAAAAACUGGCAUCCGGUGUCAGGCAUGGAAUUCUGCAAUACCUCACGAACACAGCUUUUUGCCUUCGAGCUAUCGAGGUAAAGAUCUUCGGGAAAACUACUGCCGGAACCCCAGAGGAGAAGAAGGCGGGCCCUGGUGUUUUACAAGCAAUCCAGCAAUACGUCAUGAAGUUUGUGACGUUCCUCUCUGUUCAGAAGUUGAAUGCAUGGCAUGCAAUGGGGAAAGCUAUAGAGGCCCAAUGGACCACACAGAAACUGGCAAGGAAUGUCAACGCUGGGACCUUCAGAGACCACACAGCCACCAAUAUCGUCCAGAGAGAUACCCUGACAAAGGCCUUGAUGAUAAUUAUUGCCGCAAUCCGGAUGGUAAGCAGAGGCUGUGGUGUUACACUCUUGACCCAAACACCGAAUGGGAGUAUUGCUCAGUUAAAACGUGUGCUCAGGAUGUGAGGAACAAUUCAGCAGUAAUUGAAACAACGGAGUGCAUCCGAGGACAAGGAGAGGGUUACCGUGGUACUGUGAGCACCAUAUGGAGUGGGAUUGAAUGCCAGCGCUGGGACUCCCAGACUCCUCAUCAACACAACACAACACCAGAGAACUUUAAAUGCAAGGACUUAAGAGAGAACUACUGCCGAAAUCCAGAUGGAGCUGAGGCACCCUGGUGUUUUACAACGAACCCAAGCAUUCGUAUCGAGUAUUGCUCUCAAAUCCCGAAAUGUGAUGUGCCAAGUGGGCAAGAUUGCUAUAGAGGAAAUGGGGCAAAUUACAUGGGAAAUCUAGCCCAGACACGGUUUCACCUAACUUGCUCUACGUGGGAUGAAAACAUUCAAGAUUUGAGGAGGCAUUUGCCAUUAUAUAGAGAGCCAGAUACUAGGAAGCUGAAGAAAAAUUACUGCCGCAAUCCAGAUGAUGAUGCUCAUGGUCCCUGGUGCUACACAAGCGAUCCCCAGGUCCCCUGGGACUACUGCUCCAUAUCUAGAUGUGAAGAUGAUACAGUUCCUAUGAUAAGCAAUUUAGACCUCAGUGUCAUUUCUUGUGCCUCAACUAAACAACUGAGAGUUGUUAAUGGAAUCCCAACUCAACCUGACAAAGGAUGGAUGGUUAGUUUAAAAGACAGCAGAGGCAGACAUUUCUGUGGUGGUUCAUUAGUAAAGGAAGACUGGGUCCUGACAGCAAAGCAGUGUUUUCCUUCUCGGUACAAUCUCAAAGACUAUCAGGCUUGGCUUGGAAUACAUAAUGUUGAAAGAGCGCAUGAAGAGGAGCAUAAACAAGUUCUAAAUAUCUCCCAGCUGGUGUAUGGCCCUAAAGGAUCAGAUCUAGUAUUGCUGAAACUUUCCAGGCCAGCAGUAAGCAGUGAAGCUGUGGCUAUUAUCAGGUGGCCAAUUUCUGGAUGUACCAUUCCAGAAGGCACCAUCUGCAGUGUUUAUGGAUGGGGACACACAGGAAGCACCACUUUUGAUGGGCAACUUCAAGAAGCAAAUAUGAUCAUUGUCGGAAAUGAGCGUUGCAAUCAGGAUUUUGGAGGAAGUGUAGUCAUGAAAGAGUCAGAAAUGUGUGCUCGGGCAGAGAGCAUUGGUAGUGGAACUUGUGAGCGAGAUUAUGGCGGUCCGUUGGUCUGUGAACAAAACAGAAUUAAAAUAGUAGUGGGAGUGAUCAUUCCUGGGCGUGGAUGUGCAAUUCCAGAACGACCUGGGAUUUUUGUCAGGGUGGCCUUCUACUCCAAAUGGAUACAUAAAAUCUUAAUGACAUACAGAUCAUAGCUGAAUAUUCCAGCCAAGAAAGCCAAUUCCAAUUGUGGGAACCCUUUGGAAAAUAUGAAAUGGAAGAGUAAUAAAAAAAAAUCCUUGUUUCUUUAAAAACAACAUCAAUCAAGUACUACUUGAUAGUCAAGUUUUGCAGAUAUUUAUGGAUAUUUCUGUCAUAUGUUCUGUCUUUUGGUGCGUUGUAUGGUGAACUGUGGUAUAAGCAAGUAUGGUGACUUACUUCCUGAAGAUACUUGAAUGGGAAAACAAAACUGCAAAAUAUGUUUGCUGGAUGAGGAUGUGUUCUGUGGAAUUAGAAUGUCCAAUUUCUCAUAUGCUGCUGGUUAGGUCCGCUUGUUGAUGAGACAUUAACACAAUUUGACAGUUACCAAAAAAAAAAAAAAAUCUUACCUAUAUAAGCCUCUUAAUCCUUUGCUAAGGCAGUGAAAAAUGUAUGCACCAGCCAGAAAUGAUGCUGCUCUCUAGUAAAAGCUACAUUUAAUAGUAUUUUAAUCCCAUUUAUAAAGGUUGCUUGGAUUUAUAACCCAAUUUAGCAAACUACUUUACUUGGUGGUAGGGGGAGUCACUUGCAUAAAUUGUUUAUGACAUUUGAUGGUAUAUUAUUCGCUGCUGUUUUGGACUGUGGAAGCAACCUCCUAAAUUAAUGGAGAUACCUAGAAGAUAGUUGAUAAUGAUCUAUAAGCCAUUAUUACUAUGGUAUUUUCGAACUAGCUAGUUUUUGUGUGUGCACACUUACAAUAAAGUACAAUCUAGAAGAUUCCAGGAAUGGAUUCCAACAUGCAUAUGGUAGACCCUUUUUACUAGUGCAUGAGCUGGGAUCCAACACAAUGUGCAGCUAGUUCUGUGUGCCCAAGGUGAGUUCUGAUGUGUCCCUUGAAUGCCGGCCCACAAAAUCAUGUAGCAAAUAACUUUGAAACUGAAGGAUCUUUCAAAAAAGCAGUUUUGUGCUAUAGCAUGAAGAGGUGGAAGGUCUCCUUUUCAAAGGGGAAAAAAGGCACAAAUCCAACUGAAGAUGCCUAAAACAGCUCUUGGGAUAACAGCCAUAUUGUUUGGGUUAGAACAAUAUGGCAGAACUUGCUCCCAGUUGUUCUACUCUACAUCUUUAACAAUUUAUUAAGGGAGGAACUACAAGUUUCACCUCUGCCACAUGUUUUUUAAACUCUGCCAUUGCUUCUCCUCUACAAAAUGCAGCUCUCUGCAGAAAAGUCUUGAAGGCUGCUUAAUGCUUACCAGUGUUCCCUCCUACAACUUCCCUCCAUUGUAGUUUUCCUCCAAUCUCCAACCAGGGUUCCAGAUAUGUGUUUGUGUCAGAAAAUGAGUCAAGAGCCUGGGGUGGGGGCAAAGCAGAUGGUAGGCGACAGUUUUAUACAUUUAAUCAUACAGCAAUAGGUACGUAAACUUUAAUUUGGUAGUAGGAAUUGCAUACUGCAUUAAAAGCCUAUAUUUGACAUACCUGUAAAAUUCAAGCAAGGUAAGAAUGCUUGCAUAUUGUUGGAUUUUAGGAAUAUCAGGUUAAAUCCUUUGGGUUGUAUUCUGUGUUAGUCCCAUUCAUUUCAAUGGCUUUAUUCUAAGUAGAAUGAAUACAACCCACACUCUUGCAGUUAUGUGCUUGAUGUUCAAAGCAAUGAUGAAGCAUAUAAACUCUAUUUAGUAAAAAUAUAUGGGUUAGCAUAGCUGGACCCUUUUUACACAAACUUACAUCAGGGUCAUAACUCCUGGUAUACUCUUAGGCCUCAGCUAGACGAGGGGGAUUUUAUGAUCGCAAGAUCGUCGGCCUGUUUUACAUGCAGUGUGCGACAUCGCGGCCGCCAUUUUUUCUUUUAAAGAACACGGAGCGCAUGAGCGUUCGUGUGCAGAAGGUAAGUGUUUUGUUUUGUUUUGUUUUUUUAAAAAUUCCCCGCUCCCCCCACCGGAGCUCUGUGCCCUGUGUGCAGCUCACGGUUCCUCACUAGGAGCCAGGACAAACCGCGAUGCCCGGCCACACGUUCCGUGGUCUCGGGAUCAGCCCGGGACCACAGCAAAACCGGGCUAGAAGGGUAGGGCAAAAUCCCGGGGAAAGGGAGGGAUCAUCCCUCCCUGCUCCCGGGAUCUCCUGUGCGUCAUCUGGAUGCACAGGGAUGAUCACGGGGCAAUCCCCGGGAUAAGCCCUCGUCUAGCUAUGGCCCAAAUCAGUCUUCCCCAACUUGGUGCCUUCCAGCUGUGUUGGAAUAUAACUCCUAUCCUCUCCUGCCAGCAUGGUCAUUUACUGCCGGUCCUGUGUUUGCUUGGUUUUCUAGAGGAUGAAUAUAAAUUAAAAUUAAUAAAUGCAUAUUAAUUAAAGCAUAUUUCUUAUUAAUAGUUGCCGCUCAUUUAAAAUGCUAGGUUCCAAUUUUAUGAAAAAUGAAUGUGUGUCUUAUCCAUGGUAAGCAGUAAAUCCCUUUUAAAGAAUGGAAUUAUAGAGCGCAUAAAGCUUUACAUUUACUGUGCUAUAUGCAGCUUUGUAAGAUCAGAGUAUUUAAUGUGUGGAUUCUCACCAAAGGGCUGCAGGAUAUUUGUUUGUACCUUCUAAAUUGAUUAAACUCCCUGGUCCCAUAGUUAGGCAUACCUGCAAUAUGCAGCUUUUAUUGUUUGUUCUGCUGAGUUUCCUGUUAUUUACAACCCAACUGUGGACGAUUGUGCCAAGUAUUGGAUACCCAGCCUUGUGCCAAAAAGGCAGAGGACUGUUUCCCAUAUGACAUAUAUUACAUUCUGAUUGUCACCAAGUGUGUACUGAAAGAGAGCCACAUUUAACUCUGGUUCUCUGGCAAGUGUACCUAUACGAUAAGUUGCAUUCACAUGUUAAAUAAAUCUUGAGUGUACACCUGAAGUUGCAUUCACAUGUUAAAUAAAUCUUGAGUGUACACCUGAAAAACACAAUGUGUGAGGCCAGCCUUAUUUGCCAUUACAUUAUAGCUCCAUAGUAUCAACCAAGUAGACAAAAAUGUACCGUGAACUGUGUAAGUCUUUUAUAUACUUAUCCUUUUUUUCAAAAGGCUUUAUAAUUAAUUUUUACACAAUUUUUUCAGAACUUCUAAUAGAAAUAAUGAAUUAAGAAAAAAACUGCAUGUUCAAGUCAACAAUAGGGUAUGAGUUAUGAAAUUAUAAUUUCCAGCUGUGGCACACACUGUAGUGUUGACAUGCAUUUUCAAGGCUUACAUUCUUAAACUGCGGUCUAACCCUACUCAAGCUGACCCAUAACUCAUGUAACCAAGGUUCUUGGAUUUAACCAAUUUAACUCGGUUAAACGUAAGGUAGCUGGAUCUAUAGAAAACCAUUUUCUUCGGUUUUCAUAGGGUUAUGGCUCAAGCUGUAAGAUAUUUUAAAACAUUAUCCUCUCCCUCUAAAACUGUUUCUAUAUAUAUAUUUGUACCAGAUAACAUGAAUGGAAUACUGAUGUUUAUGAGGCUAUAAAGAAAACGUCAUCCACUUUGCAUUUUUCUCAAGGUUUAUGUACUCUCUGUAUUAUAUGUGCAGGCAUUUUGUAUUACGUACGCAGGCAUUUUGUUCAGUGUAAUAAAAAUGAUUCUAAAAUAUUAUAAACUUCUGCUGUGCAGAAGAAAAUACGAAUAUAUAUUAUAAAAAUAUAUUGGGUUGCGUGUUAGACAAUGUGUAAGGCUAUUAAAAUCAUUUGUUCUGAGCUGAGUCUCAGUAGAAUGAGUUGUACAAAGUUUAUAAUUUAGAACUAAAUACUUCUGUAAACACUUGCCUAUCAGGCCAUCUUUGGGGCUCAUUCACACAGUGAUUUUUUUCUGUCCUAUCUUCUGGUACACAUUCACAUGGAUUGCUUAUGUGGACUAGGCAAUCAUGGAUACACAGAAAUUCCUGGGACUGUAGAGAAACAUUUACAUGUAACAGUGGGAAUAGUAUUGCUUUAGGGAUGAGAUGCAUACUUUAUUGUGCUCCCCUCCAGUCCAGGCAGCUGAGUUCAGCAAACCCCAAGAUACAUGUCGCCUAGAGCCUGUAAUGACUGAUUUGGGUAGAUGAAAGCCAUUCAGGCUUGUGGGCCAGACUAGAUGUGUUAAGGAUCUCCAUGAUAAGAAUCCAAUCCAGGUUUUCUUCUAUUAAUUAGCAGUCCCAUGGGGCUGUUUUGAAAAUCAAGGUGGUGGUUAUUUGUGAGGGUGUUUAAUCUUUUCCCUAGUCUAAAUCCUUCCCUUCGCCAAGCUGCUAUUAUUCUGUGUGGGGAAAACCAAGUACAGCUUCAGGGACCAAAGCAAUUUCAGUUAGUGAAAAGACAUGAACACCUUCUCCCAGAAACACCACUUCCCCAUCUACAAAGUAGCCCCAUGCUCAUUAGUAAAAUAGAAAUCACGUGAGAUUCUAAUCAUUGGUCACCUCAAUCACCUCUAGUUUGGCCGUACAGAUAGUAUUCAAGGUUAGUUUCAUUCCAAUGGUUUUACUCUAAGUAGCACUAACAUUGGAUACAACCUUUUGUAUUUCUGAGUGAGUACCUGAGGAUGUUCAAGAAUGCCGCAACAGAAAAAAAUACUGUGUUAAUCGGCCCUUGGCCUUCUCCUUUUGGUGGUAAUGGAAUCUGAAAGACAAAGGAAGGGAAAUGGAAUGAUAUUUGGCAAAGAAUUUGUGCUUCAUUUAUUCCUGUGAAUAUUUCUUGUUGGUACCCAUGGUACUUUACCAUGCAAGUGUUACAAUUACAGCAUUUGUGCUAAGAAGGACACUGUCAAGAAACUGUGUUGUUCAGUAACAUUUAUUUUCUAUUAAUACCUGGACAACUGGUGGAAAAAUUUAUAAUUGAACAAUCACGUUGCCUCAUCAAUCCUGGCAGUGAAAACUAUGAAGCAGGGUCCAAUUGUGCAUUUUUGUCUCUUACAUGUGCCUAUUUUUGUUUUGUUAGCACAGGCAUUUUUGUUCAAGGUCAAACCCACAAUUGCUUGACACAGAGAUACUUUUUUGUGUAGAAUUUGGAAUGAAACAUGCAGAAGAUAAAAGGUUUAGUGUGAAGGAUUUUUUUGAUUGAUGUUUUAAUGUAAUGCUGUGUUUUUAUAUUUGACCAUGUAUACUGCUUCAGGUGGUGCCUAGGCAGUAGAGAGAAAAAGUUUUAAUAGACUGUAUUGAUCUUUCUAGAAAAAUAAUGACUAUGGGUCAGCUGGUCUGUUUGGAAAUCACUAGAAAGUCAUUGGCAAGACUGUUUGAUGUAUGAUAUAUUUUGCAAUAUCAAUGUGUUCUUUCUUUUCCAUGUUUACUGUUAUAUUAUUGACUCAUAAGUGUUGAUCUGCUGGUGAAAGGAACUAUGUAGUUUCUUUAAACGCAUUAUUGACAGUGUCAGUCUACGUUUACAGUGCUGUAAAUGGAACACAGUUUGACUUUUUCUUCAAUACUUUCCUGUAGAUGCUGCCUGGUGAUGCUACCACUUGGAAACCUUUUGACACUAUGGUUCUGUGACUUUACAAUAAUUCUGUAAUUAAAGGCAUCAUCAGUAGCCAUUAAAGUUGGUAUUUUUGUAUCUUUAUUAUUAAUAAAAUAUUUUAUCAAAAAGCUGAA